CUAGAUUUGGAUAUUAUGAAAGAUUUAAAUAAUCAUGUUUAAGUGACUUAUUUUUACAAAAUGAUGUGACCUACAGUUGAUUGAAAUGCAUAAUAAUAGAUGUUUAGUCAGUUUGAUUGUGAUCACAUUGAUAAGUGUAAACACUGACAAUGAAUUCAAUCAAAUUGAUUCACCUACUAUCAUUGACAGCUUAACAUUUCCUUUGACAAUAUUUAAUGAUUUAGAUACACAAAAUGGUCCACCGAAUCUUCCUAUUAAAGAACAGACAACACGAAAAUAUUUACUUCCUACAGAACCAGUUGAUAUACCGAAGAAAAAUUUCCAUCAGCCACCUAACAAAUCGAAAUAUUUUGACAAGCAAACUAUUGGAAAUGAAUUCAAUUAUUCAAUUUUCGAUGUUGGUGAGUCUCUAUGUCCAGAUGUAUAUUGUUUUGCAAAGCGUUUAUCUCCUUCAGAUGAAUUAACAUUUGAUUGUAAAGGUCAGUCGUCUGAAGUAAACAAUGAGGAUACAAUGAUUGACUGCCACUUUUGGCAUGUACCAUCAGCAGGUGCAGAUUCUAAUCAACAGCGUCAAUAUAAACAAGAUGGAAGAGGAUAUGAUUUACGUAUUGUCUUAAAACCAUCCACAGUAAGCGCAGAUGAUUUUUCUUCAAAGUCAAAUGGCGCUGCAAGAUUACGAAUUGGCCAUCUAAAACCAGGUGUAUUGGGUUGGAUUAUUCAAACAGUAAGAUCAAGUUUGAAAACGCCCCUAAGUCCUGUUCAUUUGACAAUCUCAUUUAUUUAUUUCAGACAUCUUGGACGAGAUGACUUAGGUAAUCUUGCAACUAAGUCACAUGUGACACAUUUAAGUCUAUGGAAUCCUUUCAACUGGGAUGAGGAUAGUUUUAUUCCUUUUACAAAUAAAACGUCAGAAUCAUUAAACAAUAUGGGAUAUUCAGCUGAUGGUCCACCAUAUUUUCGUCUUUCUUUAUUUUGUGAUUAUGAAAAUCAAAAACCUUCAUUUAGACGUUUAUGGUUUCCAUGGAAAAGUUGGCAACUUCGUCUUACUCACUGUCCUGAUCUCUAUGUUUGUUGGCAGUUGCACAGUAAAUAUCCUAUCUGUGAUGUGAAAUAUUCAGCUGAUAAUCCUGAGAAACUAUUAAAGGCCUUUAAGCCAUCUUAUAUGAUUUCACCAAAAUCAUUAGUGAAUUCACCUCAAUCACCAAGACAAGAGACUGGCAUGCAAAUAUUAUAUGAUAAUCAAUGUUUACUUAAUCCCAAUAGAACAAAGCUUAUGAAUGAUUUAAAAAUGGACUAUCUUAGUCAAUGUCUGCGAUCAGAUAGCGACAAGCCAACAACAAAUAAAACUACUUUACGUCAGACAACUGGAUUACAAACUACGACUAUUCCAACUACCGCAAUGCCUACAACAACCAGCACAACAGUUGUAAUUACUAGUGCACCUUCAAAGACUACGACGGUUACCACACCGUUAACAGAAACGUCUACAAGUCUUCCCACUACUCUAGCAUUAACUACCACAACUGAAACUACAACAGAUUCCACAACUAAAUUAAAUACAACGACAGACAACUUUAAAUUGAUAAAAAAUGGCAAAUCUCAAAUCGAUUCAAUUUUAAAAACUAACGCGUCAAAAAUCUAUCCAAACGAUAAUAAUUCCAUG